CUACUCCGUCACGGGCUGGUGGUCUGUCUUGUUCCUCGGUGGAAUCGCGGUGGAAGGAUCUGUUUUCUUUCCAUUGACUCAACCUGGUUCCCUGGGAUCUCCCACUCAUUUCUGAAUACGACCCCGCCGCUCUGUGCUCAUGACUUGACGAGACCGACGAAUUUUCUUCUGUACUUCUACUACUCCGUAAAUUCUCUGCUCGCUUUCUGUCCUGGAAAGAUCUGUCUUGCCUUAUCUCAUCAUAUACCACUUUAUUGUUCCUUCGCCAGCCGCAUCGGUUGGCCUUCGCGUGUCGAGUGCAAUUCGUUUAGAUUAUCUUCAUCGUUGAUUUUCUGCUAAUUGGAACCCAAAAUGGCGUCUGAUAUCCCCAAAGUCGUACCCCUGACAUGCCACGGACAUUCCCGUCCCGUGCCGCAUAUCAACUUCUCUUCCACAGUGGAAGAUGACCAGUAUUAUCUUUUGUCCGCCUGCAAGGACAACAACCCUAUGCUCCGUGAUGGCAUCACGGGUGACUGGAUCGGUACCUUCCUCGGCCACAAAGGUGCCGUCUGGCAAGCCCGUCUCUCCACGGACGCUACCAUCGCAGCUACCGCUGCGGCUGAUUUCUCCGCCAAAGUCUGGGACACCCACACGGGAGAAUGCCUGCACACCCUGCAACACUCGCACAUCUGUCGAGCCGUCGCAUUCCCCCUGCAGCCGUCCCCCCAGGUGCUCGCCACCGGCGGGUUUGAAAAGAAGCUCCGCAUCUUCGACCUCUCGCGCGGCAGCAACGCCUCGUCGCCGACCUACGCGUCCGCUCCCGGCGGUGGGGGCGAGAACGGCGCGCCCGCAGCUACCAGCUACGAGAUCGGCCCCGGCGUGCACACGGGCACCAUCAAAUCCAUCGUCUGGAACCAGGAUUACAACAUCCUGACCACCGCCGCGGAGGACCGCAAGAUCCGAUGGUGGGAUCUGCGCUCCCGGCACCCGAUUUUCGAGCACGCCGUUGACGGUCCCAUCGGGAGCUGCGAGCUGAAUACCCUCGCCGUGAGACCCAAUGAUCCGGGCAUUUUGACCGUUGCGGCGGGCAAAUCCGUCUAUUUGUUUGAUGGCGCCAGUCCCGGUCGGAUGCUCAAGCAGUCAACCUUCAGGUAUGAGGUUGCUAGUGCGGCGGUCAACAAUGAGUCCGGCAAGCUGGUCACCGGUAGUGCCGAUGAUACUUGGGCUAGGGUUUAUGAUCUCCGGACGGAUGAGGAGUUGGAGGUCCAAAAAGGCCACCACGGCCCCAUCUGGUCCGUCAGCUUCUCUCCCGACGGCAAGCUCUACGGCACCGGAAGCGAGGACGGCACGAUCAAGUUGUGGAAGGCGUGUCGGGAGCCGUAUGGCCUGUGGCGCUGA